AUGAUGUCUAAUCUAUUUCAUCCACAUCCGAUUAUGAAUAUGGUAAACAAAUCUUCGAAUUCCAAUCUACCAUUGAAUGAGCACAUUAAACGGCCGAUGAACGCAUUUAUGGUCUGGUCUCGUGGUCAACGACGGAAAAUGGCUCAAGAAAAUCCUAAAAUGCACAAUAGUGAGAUCAGUCGUCGCUUAGGCAUCGAUUGGAAACUAUUGAAUGAUGAACAAAAACGGCCAUUCAUUGAUGAAGCAAAACGUUUACGUUCAUUACAUAUGAAAGAGCAUCCGGAUUACAAAUAUCGUCCGCGACGCAAACCGAAAUCUUUGAUUAAGAAAGAUCCAUACCCAUUCACAUUUCCAUCAUUAUCUACAACGAAAGAUUGCCAUGAUUUAGCGAAUUCAACAAGCAUUCAACAACAGUUAAACGAAUCUUUAGCACUUAAUUUAGAAAAAUGUCGAUCGAUUUUGUCACCGCAAACGAGCGCAAACUCAGCAGCGGCACUUUAUCCAUAUCCACCUGGUAAACUAACAGAUUUCUCACCGGCAACAUUUGCUUAUAAUCCACUUGCUUACGCUGCGGCUCUCUCUAGCCAUUAUCCGUAUAGUACCAUGCUAUCUGCUAGUCUAGCUGCAGCAGCUGUGGCUACAUCUCCAUCGUCAAGUGUGUCGUCGAAUAACUCACUAAAUGAACAUCAUUUUGGUCUUCACCGACCACAAGCACUUCUACCGACGAAGUUAUCUUCAGACACGAAUAAUAAUUUUGAACCACGUUUUUAA